AUGAGAAUCACAUCUAGCCAAGCACUGCACAAACCCUGCUUAACCCCGCUGCCUACCCAAGUUAGACCAGAAGCAGGGUUACUCGACGAGGACAGUGAGAAGCGAGUCCUUCGAGAAAAGCUGGAGACGAUCGAGGCGCAGAGUCCCGAUCAGCUAGCCAAGGACCUCAAGAAGUUCUCGGGCCUUUUCAACCAGAACCUCCAGGCCAUAGCGACUGACAAUCGCAUCAAAGGUGCCAGUGGCAAGCUUCCGUUAAUGAACCCCUCUGACCCUUUCGUGGGAAAGAAUGUCACAAAGAAUACAAACCGCGUUGCGGCUUUUGUUCGCCCGACCAAUGCCGUUACCACUCCCCUCCGCUCGGCGCGACGUUACCAGCCGUCUCGGAUACCUGCCAUCUUUACGCUCCCCGGUUUGGUGGUUCCUCCUCCGCCAGCAGCGCCCUAUUUCCACCACGCCCCCCCGAUGCCUCACAAUCCACCGAUGGGGCCGUCCGGGUUUCCGCCCAACACCGGCGGCGGCGGGGCCGGUGGCCGCCCCGUGGGGUACCCCACGUACAACCAAAGCAACCAGGCACCGGAGCCAGGCAAGGGGCUUCAGGGGCUGGCUCAGCGGAAGAAUGGCCUGGCCAUCGCAAAUUCUUUUCUUGGUCCUCCCCGUGGCGACGUUCCCAACGGCGCUUGUGCCCGGUGCAAUUACCCCAACCCAAGCCGAGGCAGUAACCACCACCCCCGUCCGAGCCAGAACGGUCCCCCCGUGAUGCUCCCAUAUGGUCCCGGCGCCGGUCAACCACGAAUGGCAUCCAAGCCCUCGCUCACCGCGCACCCUCACGCCACCUCCCGGCCGCCUCUCCCGGUAGCUCAGAGAUCCCAAUCUUUCCGACCUCCCAUCCCUGCGCCCCAGCCGGGUCAGCCAGCCUUUCCGCGGGUCAUCCCCCACGGUCCCUACGAUCCCCCGCCGCCCUUCCCGCCACGUGCAAUUUUCAACCCCGCCGCUACUGGAACGACAGCAGCUCCUACCACGGGUCCGGCUCCCCCUGCGAAUCUCAUACCCCCACCGUACCCCGUCUCCCCCUUCUUCUCCCGGCGGCCAGCUCCACCCCCCAGGUUCGCCCCAAGGGAGACACCAUACCCUGGAUCAACCUACCACCCCCCCUAUCCCUCCGCCGUUCCCCACGCCGGGUCCUAUCACCCCUCCGCCAUCCCCUACGCCCCUCCUCCCUACGUCCCCUACCCGCCACCCCAUUAUGCCCCCUACGCCCCCCACCCUCCCGCACCCCCUCCCGCUCCCGCCGUACCAGCCGCACCGCUUCUGCUCGGCCCGCUGCCCGGCCGCCCGGCCGCACUGCUGUGGUUUGAUGCCGUGCCGGGGCUGAAGAGCCCUGCGUGGGUGGCGGUGCCGCAGCAGGGGAAUGGGAGGCAGAAGUUUGUGCCGCGGCCGGUGGGGGGCGGGGCGAGGGGGUUGAGGGAGAGGGGAUCGCCUUUGGAGAGGGGGAGGAGGGGGAGGAGGGGUGGGAGGGGGGUGUGGUGA